UUUCUCUUAAACUCUUCAUUUAUUGGUCGCGUAUCUUGAACAUUUGGUUCCCGAAUAUUCUGUAAGUUUCUUGAAAGAGUAUCUAGAUACUUCUCUGAAAUGUAGAUUUUUGUAUAAAAGGCGGUGAAAAUUCGAAGAGCAUCAGUUUAUACAAAACAUUUGAAGUGAAAAGAUUGACUGAGAAGAGGAGAAGUCAGAAAGUUUUUGUGCAAAGUUUAAAAAGAAAGAAAACUAUUCAAAGCAAUAUAUAAGCAAUAUAUAUUAAAACUUAAAUUGAAUUGAAUUAAAAAUUUUAAAUUGAAAAAUUACUAUCAAAUAUCAAUAAACAAGAAUACAUAUAAAGAAAGAAAAUGUCAGCAAUUGGAAUUGAUUUGGGAACAACAUACUCAUGUGUCGGUGUAUUCCAGCACGGAAAAGUUGAAAUCAUCGCUAAUGACCAGGGCAAUCGUACAACACCCAGCUAUGUUGCGUUCACAGAUUCUGAGCGAUUGAUUGGUGACGCCGCUAAGAACCAAGUGGCAAUGAAUCCAAAGAAUACAGUAUUCGACGCUAAACGAUUGAUUGGCCGCAAAUAUGAUGACCAGAAAAUACAAGAAGAUAUGAAACAUUGGCCAUUUAAAGUGGUAAACGACAGUGGUAAACCAAAAAUUAACGUCGAAUUCAAAGGCGAACAGAAGAGAUUUGCACCCGAAGAGAUAAGCUCAAUGGUGUUAACUAAAAUGAAAGAAACAGCUGAAGCAUAUCUUGGUACAACAGUGAAAGAUGCAGUCAUCACAGUACCUGCCUAUUUUAAUGAUUCGCAGCGUCAAGCGACAAAAGAUGCUGGUGCAAUAGCUGGUCUUAAUGUGUUACGUAUAAUAAAUGAACCGACAGCUGCUGCAUUGGCGUAUGGGCUAGACAAGAACUUGAAGGGCGAACGGAACGUUUUAAUAUUUGAUUUAGGUGGCGGUACAUUCGAUGUUUCGAUUUUGACAAUUGAUGAAGGAUCUCUGUUCGAAGUGCGAUCUACGGCUGGUGAUACACAUUUGGGUGGUGAAGAUUUCGACAACAGAUUGGUGAAUUAUUUGACUGAUGAAUUUAAGCGUAAAUACAAAAAGGAUUUGCGCUCAAAUCCAAGAGCACUUCGUCGUCUGCGAACAGCUGCUGAACGUGCCAAACGUACUUUAUCCUCUAGUACUGAAGCAACAAUCGAAAUUGAUGCAUUAUUUGAGGGUAUUGAUUUCUAUACGAAAAUAAGUCGAGCACGCUUUGAAGAGCUCUGUGCAGAUUUAUUCCGCAACACAUUGCAACCAGUAGAAAAAGCGUUGACAGAUGCAAAAAUGGAUAAGAAUCAAAUUCAUGAUAUUGUAUUAGUUGGUGGAUCUACUCGUAUACCGAAAGUACAAAACUUACUUCAAUCAUUCUUCUGUGGCAAGAGUUUAAAUUUGUCAAUUAAUCCU